AUGUACAAACCCCUCCUCACUGCCCUGCUUUUCCUCCUUGUGCGGGUUAAUCCACUGCUCAGCGAGGUGACGCAGCCCGCGCAGUCCCCUUACAUUCCAUUAUCCUCAUCUUUUAGCUCUGCUGUGCUGUACCAUAUGGGCUGGAGCGUUUUAGCUGAGGUGGGCGCCAUGAACAUUGAGAAAGCCUUGGAAGAAGGGAAGUUGCUGGAGGUAGUCUCUGCAGCCAGGGAGACCCUGGAGACAUCAUCCAGAGCCCCAGUGAGCAUCGCUGAUGGGGGUUCUGGCAAUGGCAUGUCCUCCUUCAUCAACAGGCUGCAGGGCAUGGGGCACGAGGAGGCCUCGGCCCCCACUGUGGUGAGGACCACUCAGACUUGCACCUGCUACUUGUCCUCCCACAUUCCCAAUGUGGUGCUGUGGGACCUGCCUGGGACGGAGGCUGCCACCUACAGCCUGGAGAACUAUCCAGAGGAGAUGCAGUUCAGCCAGUAUGACCUCUUCAUUAUCAUUGUGUCUGAGCAGUUCAGCAUGAACCUCGUGAGGCUUGCCAAAACCAUCCAGGACCUGGGAAAGAGGUUCUACAUCGUCUGGACCAAACUGGACAGGGACCUCAGUACAAGUGCCUGCUCGGAGGGAUGGCUCCUGAAGAAUAUUCGAUAGAACAUCCGGGAACCUCUCCAGAAGGAGCGGGUGUGUGAACCCCCCAUAUUCCUGGUCUCCAGCCUUGACCCUUUUUUGCAUAUUCCUGAGCUGAGGGACACGUUGCACAGGGACCUCUCUGACAUCUGGUGCCAGGGUCCCCUAAAGAACCUGUCCCACACCUAUGAGAAGAUGAUUAAUGACAAAGCGACCUCCCUGCAGGAGAUAAGAGCCUCCCAGUUCCUCCAGGACACUCUUGUCAUCCAGGAUGCUGAUGAUCUGGAGGAGUGUCUGAAGGCCUGCCGCUCGCUUUUUGGUGCGGAUGAUGAAUCUCUCCAGCAGGUGGCGCAGAGUAUGGGGACCCCUGUGGAGGAGUAUAAGGCCAUCAUGAAGUCCCAGGAUCUGCACACUCUCCUCACAGACUGGGCAUUUCCUUGGAUGAAUUGUAACACGGCCUCUUACUUAUACACAAUUCUCAGCUACAUCCCACUCUUAGGCGACCCUAUUAUCCACUACCUCAGAGAAGUGAAACACAGACGCUUUCUUGAAAUAGUUGUUGAGGACGCCAACACCAUCCUGAAGAAAAUCCUGAAAGACUCCACCGUCUGA